UUUGUCCUGGGGACUUGUUAUCUCCCCACAGCUCACAAGCACCACACAUUGCCUUCCGCUCCCAAGAACCCGCGGACACUCCGCUCUCUCUUGCUCACCCCACUCAGCCAUGUCCACUCUCCUCCACUUCACUCCUCCGUUCUCUCUCCUCAAACACCCGCCGCCCACCUCCGCCGCCCUCUCCUCCCUCCUCUCCCCUCCCCGCCCCGCCCUCCGCCCGGCUCGCCGCAGCGGCGCCGACCCCAUCAGAGCCCACAAGGUGGUGAUCGAGCACGAGGGCCAGGCCACGGAGCUGGAGGUGGAACCCGACGAGACCAUCCUGUCCAAGGCCAUCGACUCCGGCCUGCCCGUCCCCCACGACUGCAAGCUCGGCGUGUGCAUGACCUGCCCGGCCCGGCUUGUCAGCGGGCCCGUCGACCAGAGCGAGGGCAUGCUCAGCGACGACGUCGUGGAGCGUGGCUACGCCCUCCUAUGCGUGUCGUACCCGACGUCGGAUUGCACGAUCAAGACUAUCCCCGAGGAAGAGCUCUUGUCUCUGCAGCUCGCAACUGCUAAUGACUAAAAAUGAAUUCUUUUUGUGCCUCAAAAGUGUUUCGAAAGUGCUCC